GUUUGAACCAAAGACUGUCCUUUGUUCAAAAAUCAAACCACAAAAUGUCCACAAAUCUUUCCAAAACUUGUUAAAUGUUCCCACAAACAACACUUUCCACACACAUCCCACAUAAACCCCACCCAUUUCCCCUUUCCCCCUCACAAUAAUCUCAUCACAAACCAACAAAAUUCUCCAUUUUUCACAAUUUGUCACAAAAUUUAAGUAAAACCCAUCUGGGUCAGAGUGAUGCCGGCCCUAAAAGCCGGUAGCCGGCCACCGUGGGUGGGUCUUGCAGCCGCCGUGUGGGUCCAGAUCGCCUCCGGAAACGCCUACUCUUUUCCUCUGUAUUCACACGCUUUAAAGGUUGUAAUGGGUCUUUCUCAACAACAGCUUACAAUUCUUGGUGUUGCUAAUGAUUUGGGGGAAAAUGUUGGUAUUUUACCAGGGAUUGCUUCUAAUAAAUACCCACCUUGGGUUGUUCUUUUGGUCGGUGUUCUUGCUUCUUUCUUUGGCUAUGGUGUCAUCUGGCUUGCUGUUAGUCAGACUGUUCAUAACAUGCCUUAUUGGGUUCUGUGGCUUGCGCUCGUUGUUGCGACUAACAGCAGUGCAUGGUUAGGAACUGCCGUACUCGUUACCAACAUGAGGAACUUUCCGCUCAGUCGAGGCACGGUUGCCGGUAUUCUCAAAGGUUACGUCGGCUUAAGUGCCGCAGUUUUCACCGAGGUUUAUACUAUGGUUCUAAAAGGAUCCGCUUCUAGUUUAUUACUCCUUUUCACACUCGGGAUUCCCGUCAUAUGUUUGGUUUUAAUGUACUACGUUAGACCUUGUACUCCCGCUUCCGAAGCGGACCCGUCGGAAACCGCGUAUUUUCUUUUUACUCAAGGCGCUAGUGUGCUUCUUGCAGUCUUUCUUCUAACCACCACGAUACUAAAAGAAGUUUUAACGCUAAGCAAUGCGUUAUCGUACACGUUCAUCGGGAUAAUGGUCGUUCUUCUAAUGGCGCCACUUGCGAUUCCCGUUAAAAUGACGUUAUUUCCGUCUAGCAAGAAGGUUAAUCGGCCAGGUGGCUCUUCCAACAAUUUGACCGUAACCGAUCCGUUGCUGACGCAAUCUACUUCGGAACCGAGUCUUACGAAUUUGAAUGAUCUUGAAGAUAUGUCGGAGGUGGAUGUGCUUCUUGCUGUCGGUGAAGGAGCGGUUAAAAUUAAGAAGAAAAGACGACCAAGAAGAGGUGAAGAUUUUACGUUUCGUGAAGCGAUUGUAAAAGCCGAUUUUUGGCUUUUAUGGUUGGUUAAUUUUCUCGGUGUUGGUUCUGGAGUUACGGUUCUUAAUAAUCUUGCCCAGAUUGGAGUUUCGCUUGGGGUUAACGAUACGACGACGUUGCUGAGUUUGUUUAGUUUUUGCAACUUUCUUGGUCGUCUUGGAGGCGGGGUUGUUUCAGAAUACUUUGUAAGGCUAAAUACGAUCCCACGCACGUUUUUGACAACGAUAACACAAGUAAUCAUGGUAAUGACUUAUCUAUUAUACGCAUCGGCUCUCAACGGGACACUAUACGUUGCAACGGCGUUUCUCGGAAUCUGUUACGGAACACAGUUUGGUGUUAUGAUCCCAACGUCAUCCGAGCUUUUUGGAUUGAAAAACUUCGGUUUAAUUUUCAAUUUCAUGGGGCUAGGAAACCCGAUCGGUGCUCUUUUAUUCUCCGGGAUGCUUGCGGGUUACGUGUACGAUACAGCGGAAGCUAAGCAAGGCGGGUCAACAUGCAUGGGCCCGGAUUGUUUCCGGCUCACUUUCUUCGUUCUUGCAGGUGUGUGUGGUUUAAGUGCGGUUUUGAGCUUAAUAUUAACCAUCAGGAUUAGGCCCGUUUACCAGAUGCUUUAUGCGGGUGGUUCGUUUCGUUUGCCACAAAGCUCGGGUCAUUGAGGAUUUCGGUUUUGUGUUACUUAAUCAAGAAAAGUGUUAAGGUUUGCACGAUUUUGGAAGUUGCAGCUUAACCAAACUUCAGUUUAUUAUGUAGUGAUGAUGUGUAAUCAAAGAAGUAUUUUCAUUUGGUAGUGUUGACAUAUAACAUGAACCUUAUUUUUAAGUGUUCAAUAUGUUAGUUCCUUGAAACUUUGGCUGUUUAGUAUACCCUGUGCAUCAGGGAUUGUAUUGUAAUUUAAUAUGUAGUGUUGCUUA